CCAAUGUGUCCAGAAUAAACCAGUCCCUGGAGCACGGGAAAGGCCCCACCAUGGGGAGCUCGGACAUGGAGCGGAAGGCGUCCUACGGUUUCUGGGAGGCCCCGGGAAAAGGAGGAGCUCGAGGAGCUCGGUGGUGAUGCAAUAGGAGAGUUGGGCCAAGAGCUGCCCUGUCUGAGCCCAGAGCGCUGGGACGCUGCUCCCGGAGGGAAAUGUCCCGUGGGGAGAGUGGGAGAGAGAGCAGGACUGGGAGUGAGAACAGGAUUGGGAAGGAUGUCUCUGGGGAGCCCGGGGGACUCGGGGGGGUAGUCAGCACCAUCUCCAGCAGCAGGAGCCCCCUGCAGCCCCCCGAGGACACCGAGGAGGAGCCCUUCACCACCUACUUCGACAGCAAGAUCCCAAUCCCCGAGGAUGAGACGCAUUCCUGCUUCAGCUUCCGCAAGCUGUGGGCGUUCACGGGCCCCGGGUUCCUGAUGAGCAUCGCUUACCUGGACCCCGGGAACAUCGAGUCCGACCUGCAGUCCGGGGCCGUCGCCGGCUUCAAGCUCCUGUGGGUGCUGCUGCUGGCCACGGUCAUCGGGCUGCUGCUGCAGCGCCUGGCGGCACGGCUGGGGGUGGUCACGGGGCUGCACCUGGCUGAGGUCUGCCACCGCCAGUACCACAAGUUCCCUCGGAUCAUCCUGUGGCUGAUGGUGGAACUCGCCAUCAUCGGCUCGGACAUGCAGGAGGUCAUCGGCUCGGCCAUCGCCAUCAACCUGCUCUCUGUGGGCAAGAUCCCGCUCUGGGGGGGGGUGCUCAUCACCAUCGCUGACACCUUUGUCUUCCUCUUCCUCGACAAAUAUGGCCUGCGGAAGCUGGAGGCGUUUUUUGGGUUCCUGAUCACCAUCAUGGCACUGACCUUUGGAUACGAGUACAUCACGGUGAAGCCCAACCAGGAGAAGGUGCUGCAGGGGCUGUUCAUCCCCUACUGCAAGGACUGUGGGACGCCCCAGCUGGAGCAGGCCGUGGGCAUCGUGGGCGCUGUCAUCAUGCCCCACAACAUGUACCUGCACUCUGCCCUGGUCAAGUCCAGGCAGGUGGAUCGCUCGAACAAGCGGCAGGUGCGAGAGGCCAACAAGUAUUUCUUCAUCGAGUCGUGCAUCGCGCUCUUCGUGUCCUUCAUCAUCAACAUCUUCGUGGUCGCCGUCUUCGCUGAGGCCUUUUUCAACAAGACCAACGCGGACGUGAACCAGGUCUGUGUCAACUCCAGCAGCCCCCACUCCUCACUCUUCCCCAACAACAACGAGACACUGGAGGUGGACAUAUACAAGGGGGGCGUUGUUUUGGGGUGUUACUUCGGCCCUGCCGCUCUCUACAUCUGGGCCAUCGGGAUCCUGGCGGCCGGGCAGAGCUCCACCAUGACGGGCACCUACUCGGGCCAGUUCGUCAUGGAGGGGUUCCUGAACCUGCGCUGGUCCCGCUUUGCCCGGGUGCUGCUCACGCGCUCCAUCGCCGUCACCCCCACCCUCUUCGUCGCCAUCUUCCAGGACGUCGAGCACCUGACAGGCAUGAACGACUUCCUCAACGUCCUCAUGAGCCUCCAGCUCCCCUUUGCACUGAUCCCAGUGCUCACCUUCACCAGCCUGCCCACUGUGAUGCACGACUUCGCCAACGGCCUGUUCUGGAAGGUGGCCGGGGGCCUCCUGAUCCUCCUCAUCUGCAGCAUCAACAUGUACUUCGUGGUGGCCUACGUGAGGGACCUCCACAACCUGGGCCUGUACAUUGGGGCCGCCGUGCUCAGUGUCAUCUACCUGUCCUUCGUGGCCUACCUGACGUGGCUGUGCCUCAUCGCCCUGGGCGCCUCCUUCCUGGCCUGCGGGAACACGGGCCGCCUGGGCUUCGCUGCCCGCCCCGAGCUCUUCCUCCUGGGACACGUGGACUCCGACACCUCCGUCACCAGGUGAUCCCGGCGCCGGGAUCCGAUCGGGCUCCCCCGGGACCCCUCUGUCACCCAGCGCGGCAGGACAGACCCCCAGGCCCCCCCCCGGGCCGCGGGACCCCCGUCCCCCAGCGCGGCACAGCCCCGGGACGCGGCAGGAGCGGAGCCGGGAUUCCCGGGAGAACGGUGGGAUCGGGAUCGGGAUCGGGAGGAGCUGCGGAGCCGGCGGGCCUUGGGGAGACCCGGCCCAGCCCUCCAGUCCAGGGGGAUUUCCCCCAUUCCCCCCCCCCCAACAGCUGAUCCGGGAAAGGUCCGUUGAUAUUUCCUGGAUUUCCAUCCCUCUCUCUCCAGGGGGUUGGUGAGACGAGCCUUGGGAGUUUUCCCUAAUUGGGGAUAUUCCAGGCUGUUUCUGAAAUUCUCAUUAAAAGCCAGGUUUGCCGCCAGGCUCUGGCCUUGGGCCAGGGCUGACACAGGGGACUAAGCUGUUUCCCAGCAUUCCUAAGGUUUUUGGGUGCUCCUGGAGCCCCAAAUGAACCCUCAGAAGGUUUCAAGGGCAGCAAUUCUCAGAGAACACGAUGGAGCAGUUGGUUGGAAUUUCCAGUUGGAAAGGGAAUUGUUUCCUUUUCUCUUCAAGUUUCACUCCGUUUUAGAAAUAAAAAUUAUACUCCCA